GCUCUCUCGGACAUCUCUGCAGUUGCUGAGACUUCUCAGACUUCCUACCCCCGCCGAGGCAUUCGACUGCAUUCCCACAACGGACAGAACCCAGCAAGAGCAAUAGACCAGCAAGAGUGAUAGGACGGCUGCCGAGUCUCUGAUACCCAGAGCUAUGCUGCCCUCAGACCGGAGAAAAGAUGAGCUGGAAAAGAAACGAGCCAAGCUCGCCGAAAUCCGCAAAGCAAAAGAAGCCCGUAAAAUAGCCCUCGAUGCCCAGCGGCGGGAUCCUGUAGAUACCCUAUCGCGAACAACAAGCAGACGCGAUGUAGAUAGCUUGGUUGCCUCGCUGGUCGGGGAACGGUCAUCGGUUGCGGAUGAUGGGUCCGAUGCUUUCCGGAGUAUGAGCCCGUCGCCGUUGCCGAGUUUGAGUGAGAUUAGGAGUCCCGGGAGUGUGGUUGGGGCGACGGGGGGGGAAAAUGUUGUGGAGGCGCCACCGCAGCCCAACCUUUCGUCUGUGGAUUUUGUAUUUUUCGAUUGUCCGCCAAAGGAGAAAGUCAUGUACACGAAAGAGAUACAGACCGACUUUGUGAAUACAGACUGGAAACCGGAGGAGAAAAGCACGUCGCCCACGCAACCCACCAAACCACGGCAGCUGCCAGAAGAAACGUCUCCAACGACAAACGGGUCCCUGAGCGACUCUGAAGAAAAGAUAAAGCCAGUACAGCCGCCGAGAGAGCUGAGCGAGGAAGAGCGGAAGGAGAUCCUAUCCUCAGAGCCUUUCCUGACUUUCUUCGACCAUUCCGCGCGAGUCCUCGAACGCGCAUUAAAUCAACCAUCGUACGAUUUCCUCAAAGACUACACCGUAGCAGAUGAGGUGCACCUAACAGGAGACGGAAAGGGUAUCAAGCUCCACUGGUCGUACGCAGACGAGCGAUGGACACGGAAUCGCGCUGUAAUGGACACGCGAUGGUCCCAAAAGCACCCAGAGCUCUUCCUAGGCGCCUACGGCAAGAACCAAGGCUCUGUAACCGAAGCCGACGGGGUGGUGCUCAUCUGGAACCUGCAUCUCCGCGAACAGCCCGAAUACGUCUUCCAAUCCCAGUCGGACGUGACGGUGGCGACGUUUUCAGAUUUCCACCCGAACUUGGUGGUGGGCGGCGCGUACUCGGGGCAGAUCUUAGUGUGGGAUAUGCGCGCCAAGAGCCUGCCGGUGCUGAAAUCGCCGUUGUCGGCGGUGGGGCAUACGCAUCCGGUGUAUUCGAUGAAUAUCAUUGGAACGCAGAAUGCGCAUAAUUUGUUGACGGCAUCGACGGAUGGGUUGGUUUGCUCUUGGCAGUUGGAUAUGCUUGCUCGACCUCAGGAAGCACUCGACCUAAUCUACCCCUCCUCCGCCCGCGCCGACGGCGUCUCCAUAACAACCAUGUCCUUCCCUCCCGGCGAAACCACCACUUUCUGGGUCGGCACCGAGGAAGGCAUGGUGUACCAAGCCAACCGGUACGACCGCGCGGGCAGCAAAGCGGGGAUCAACGCCAACGACGUGUUUAAGGGGCAUUUUGGACCCGUGACGGGGAUCGAUUUCCAUCCCAUGUCGGGGCCGGCGGAUUUCUCGGAUCUGUUUUUGACGAGUAGUGUGGAUUGGACUGUUAAGCUUUGGCGGGCUAAGUCCGUUUCGAAAACAUCGGCAACACCACAAGUCGUGGCGCCGUUAAACUCGUUCGAAGAGGCGGAUGACUAUGUGUACGAUGUCAAGUGGUCGCCCACUCAUCCAUCGUUGUUUGGAUGCGUCGAUGGGGCUGGGAAGUUCGAUAUUUACAAUCUUAACCAGGAUGUUGAGGUACCGAUAGUGCGUAUACCCGUGGGCAGCGGUGGCGGCCUGAACAAACUUGCGUGGGAUAAGGAGGGACAGCGGACGGCGAUUGGGUCUGCUGAUGGGCAGAUCCAUGUUUAUGAUCUGGGAGAGAUCGCUCAACCACGGCCCGAUGAAUGGCAUCUGUUCCAAAAGACUCUAGCGGAAAUGGAAUCCCGCUAGAGGCGAGCUAUUUGAUAAUGGCACAUAGAUACAGAAGACGGCCAACAUAUAUAAACAAGUUACAGUCCGU